UUUAAAUUUUUAAUGACCAUCGGUGUCACUUUCAGUGUUUGAGGUUUGUUCAGUUGUCUUUUGUAGAUAUUCACUGAAGAUUUACAUAAUACUAUUAUCCCUCUCUCGUACCGUCAAUUCUUAUCUAAAUAUUGCUUUAGCAUUUCCAAGUUUAAGAAAACAAUAUAGCUAUAAAUUAACCGAGGAAGUUGCUUCUGCGGGGAUGCACGCGAAUGUAUCCUGGCUUAUCUUGAAAAAACCGCUUAAUCUAAGCCGUCAGAAUUUCCCGCAACCGAAAUACCAAUUUUUUGGCUACAAAGCUUAAUUCCUAUUUUAGAGAAAAGGUUGUGACAUUCUCGCCAUCAAGAGUCAUUAAGAUUUUCCUUUGUCCGACUGCAUUCUUUAUUGUAUUGUUCGUGUGUUUUUGAACUUCCUUUUUCUAUAUUUUUUAAUCGCACAAUUCGAGUUGCGUUGGGUACGUAUGAACUUUUACUUAUAACUUUCUAAAUAAUUUCUAAACAAAGUUUAACUUUGUGAGAUUUUAUCAUAGGACAAUUUAAUUUCUCAGACGCGUUUCGAACAGUUGAUUACUUCAUGCUCCGUGGUAACUGAAAGAAUAGAACUUGAAGUGACCAUUAUUUGGCAAUUAACAAGUUAGUGCGUUGAUUGCAGUUGAGUUUUUAAGUUGAUUCACAGGAGUUUCACCGCCCGGUGAUUAUUUAGAUAUAUCCAGCUGAUGAGUUAAUAAACAAGUUUGCUCCUUUAUCCAAUUGGUUGUUUUGUUUCUAUCCGGGAAUUUUGAUCAUUCGCGACCGCAGGCCACACGAAUAGAGGUCGUAAAGAGAUUUGCUGUGUUGUCACAGAAUACAGAAGAAUUGACAAGACCGACCAGCCGUACGUCUGUCUAAAUUCAAAUGGCCGUUCUUCAGUCAAACAGGGAGAAGAAACUCAGGCUUCAAGAUCUGAACUUGUUCAUUACAUGCAAACUUUGCAGUGGAUAUCUGAUUAAACCGACGACGAUCACGGAGUGUCUUCACACAUUCUGCAGAUCAUGCAUUGUGAGAUACUUACAAGAUAGGGACGACAAUAAAUGCCCCAGUUGCUCGAUUCUCAUUCAUGAAACAAAUCCAUUUGAAAUGCUCAGGUUGGAUAAGACGCUGGAGGAUGUAAUUUACAAACUUAUUCCCGAGCUACAAGCUAACGAGGAAGAGAGAGAACAAGAAUUUUACAAGCAACAAAAUGUCGAGGAGAGAAAGAAAAUAAAGGAAGAACACAUAGAAAAUGGAACGAAUGCUUCCGAUUCAACAGAUUACAAGCCUGCGAGUAAAAGAGUAAAACUCUCAGGAGAUGAAUACGACAGCGGAGCGAACUUCCAUCGUGACGAUCCUCAGAUUGGAGUUUGUCUGGAAUGUCUCUGUGACAACUCAGUUCAAGAGCAGCCGAUAAAAGAGCUGGUACGAAAAUACAUCCGCUGUUCAUCUAGACUGACAAUAGCUCAGGUCAAGAAAUUCCUCAAAGUGAAGCUUGAUCUAAGAACCGCUGACCAAAUCGAAGUGAUGUGUAAUGGAGAAAUUAUGGGCAAAGAUCAUACCUUGGAGUUUGUAUACAUGACUAGAUGGAGAAUAAAGGAGGGAUCUGUUCUCACUCUCCAAUACAGGCCAAGAAUGGAUUUUCUCUGAGUGCAAUACCAGGAUUCAGUUUCUGCAAUAUCAACAACAACAGCGACGUUAAGUCCAAAGCCUCGUAGUUGUUCGAGCAAGUGACCUCUGCAGUAGACCAUAAACGCCGAAAAAGUAUAACAGAACGUACUAAAAUGACCUUGAUACAUUUUUAUAUAUCAAGAUCAUUUUAGUAUUUUAAAUCUUAAAAGAUUUAAAGUACUGUAAUUAUCAUUCAACUACAGAGUAAAAAUGAUAUGCUAAGUAGUUCCCAAGAACUUGAAUAAGGUUUUAUCUCUUGAAUCAGGAGGACCUUAUUUGAUGAAAAUGACCCGGUCAAUAGGAGAAGUAAACUCUGUAAAUGUCAUGAUUUACCCUCGUUUGUUGGUUGCCCUAUUAAAGCGUACCUACAAAGACAUCUGGCCACUCAACGAGACUUACAAUUGCAUUGAAAUCUUUCACAAUAUUGACCAAAACCCGAUGGAUUAAAAUCCUCAUGCUCAAGUCAGUUAGUAGCAAAUUGUGCACUACCACUGAAAAAUAGUCUUUCUGUACGUAAUAUGAAUGCAAUAAGUUUAAAACUAGAACAUGUAUAGCUCGUUGAAAUAAUCGUUCAACCAAAAGAUAAAUAAGUGAUGCGAGUUUUUAAUAAAGAAAGUCCACAAAUGAAAA